AUGGCGGAAGCAAUAGCAACAGGAUUAGCGGUAGAGGCUGCCAAAGCCGCGACAAAGUUGGUGACAGCUUGGGUGUUGGAUGAGAUAACACUUGCUUGUGGUUUCCAAGAUCAACUUGUAAAGCUCCAUGACAAAUUCUCCAAUAUUCAGGCAUUACUGGAGGAUUUGGGAAGUGCUAAGUAUGUUGAGAAGAGCAGAUUUGUGAAUCUUUGGCUCAAAAAGCUCACUGAUCUUGCUUACUCUGCUGAUGAACUCAUGGAUGACUAUGAAUAUGAGUUAAUCCGCAGGAAAUUCGAGCUGAAGAACAACCAUCCAUCAUUCAAGAAAAAGUGCUCCAACUUUUUUAGUAGUGCUACUAACCCUGCUGUCUUCUGUAUUCGGAUGAGUUGUCGGGUUCGUGAGAUCCUUUCGAAGUUUGAUGAGCUGCACAAGGAGGCUAAGAACAAUGUAUUGCAUCAAAAUCGGAAACAUGCUGGCGCGAGAGGUUCAGAGUUCAUUGGGAGGAAGUCUGAUGAGGAGAAGUUGCUGCAAAUGAUUUUGAAACCUACUGGCGAGGAUGUUGAUCAUCUUUCCACUGUUGCUGUUGUUGGAAUUGGAGGACUUGGCAAGACAACUAUAGCUCGGAGGCUAUAUGAUCAUGAGAAUGUUAACGCGAAUUUUGGCGAGAAAAGUUGGAUUUGUGUGUCUGAGGAUUUCAAAGUUGACAGACUUUUGAAUGAGAUGGUUGAAAAUCUUACAUCAUCCAAAUGUGACUUGACAAACACUGGUGGAAUUACAAAAAAACUUGGAAGUACUGUUGAAGGGGAAGAAAUUCUUUCUGAGAAAGCACGUGCCUUCUAUCAACAUAAAUUGCCAGGUUUAUCUGAAGAUGAAGGAUGGGCUAUGUUACAACAAAGAGUUUUUAGUGAGACAUGUCCAUAUGAUACUUCUUUCAAUUAUGUUGGGAGAAGAAUUGUUAACAAGUGUAAAGGUGUUCCUUUGGCCAUAAAAGCAAUCGGUGGCACAUUGCAGUCAAAGAAGCACGUGUAUGAAUGGGAAUUGAUUGAGAAUAGUGAACAAUGGGAUUUUCAACCAGGAGAUAUAAAUGAUAUCCUUCCAUCAUUAAUAUUGAGCUUCAACCAUUUGAAUCAUGUGUACGUUAGGCAAUGUUUUGCAUAUUGCGCAAUCUUCCCUAAAGAUUUUAAUAUGAACUAG